AUGGUUGCAACCUUGGAUGUGGCAACAUUCGGGGCCACCUGUUCGCCAUGUUCCGCGCAAUACGCGAAAAAUUUGAACGCGUCGGAGUACGCAACGGAGUAUCCGGAGGCAGCGAGAGCCAUUACAAACAACACUUACGUGGACGACUUCUUGGAUAGCCGAGACACCAUUGAAGAAGCAGUACAAUUGGCGGUAGCUGUUCGCGAAGUACACAGCAAGGCUGGAUUCGAAAUCCGGAACUGGCACUCCAACGCUCCGGAAAUUCUCGAACGGAUCGGAGCAAAUGAUCAGGAAACCUCCCAAGUAGUGAAAAGCUUCUCUGUAGAGAAAGCUACUGCUGCAGAACGUAUCCUAGGGAUGAUGUGGGAUCCAAAUGAGGACUUGUUCCUGUUUACCGUCCAACUUCAUGCGGAUCUGCUUCCGUUACUAUCCGGUAGAACUGUGCCUACUAAACGCCAAGUUUUACGCGUGGUCAUGAGCUUUUUUGACCCGCUAGGGCUCAUUUCCACUUUUUCGAUCCACGGCAAAAUCCUUAUCCAGGACAUUUGGCGAUCUGGUGUGGGUUGGGAUGACCCCAUUAGCAGUAGGAACUUCUCGGACUGGGAACGAUGGACGAGACUGAUACCCGAGUUGAAACGUGUACAGAUUCCGCGAUUUUAUUUCCCAAACUACGAGCGCGGAAGUUACGAAUCUCUGCAGCUACACAUUUUCGUGGAUGCAAGCGAGCUUGCCUACUGUAGUGUAGCAUACUUCCGCAUAAUCGACCGGGGCACCCCUCGUUGUUCUCUGGUAGCUGCGAAAGCCAAAGUAACUCCCUUACGACCACAGUCUAUUCCCCGGAACGAAUUGAACGCAGGAGUCAUUGGCGUGCGACUGAUGAAAAGCGUUACGGAGAAUCAUUCGCUGCAAAUUACCCAGCGGUUCUUCCACACUGACUCAACAGUUCUUUUGGCAUGGCUACGUGCUGACCCUCGAAAGUAUCGUCCCUACGUCCAGUUCAGAACUACGGAAAUCCUGGCAGAAACAUCGGUGGAGGAAUGGCGCUGGGUACCCACCCGGUUAAACAUCGCAGAUGAGGCCACCAAAUGGGGCAACGGUCCCAGUUUCGAUGAUCAGAGUAAAUGGUACCGUGGAUCGGAUUUUCUAUGGCAACCGGAAAGUGAAUGGCCACGGGGAAAAUUGGUGGCUCCAGAGAGGAUGAUUGAACCAACGGAAGAAUUAAGAACAACUAACGUACACCAGGGAGUAACAACCGACACAGUGCUAGAGUUCAGUAAAUUCUCUCGUUGGGAGGAUUUGAUUAAAUCGCUUGCCUACCUGUACCAUUUCGUCAAUCGCUGUUCGUCUAAGCAAUCCGUUCCUACUAAAUCACGCGUGGCAACAUUAACACGCCAAGACUUCGUAUCGGCAGAAAAAGGCUUGUGGCGAAUGAUCCAAAACCAGGAAUUUGGGGAGGAAAUUUCGGCCUUGAAAUCCACUAGUUCCUCAACGAAGACGAAUGCACGCCUAGCGAAAUCCAGCCCAUUAGUAAAACUGUCGACCUUCCUAGAUGACGAUGGAAUUCUACGGAUGGAAAGCAGAAUCGAUCCGAAAGCUGCUUAUUAUCCCUAUAGUUUUCGCAAUCCGAUAAUCGUUCCCAAGGCUCACUACGUCACCGAAUUAUUGGUGCUUCGUUUCCAUCAACGGUACGGGCAUGCCAACACGGAGACCGUGGUGAAUGAGCUUCGGCAGCUUUACAGUAUUCCGAAGAUGCGCUCCGUUGUAAAGAAGACCAUCAACAAGUGUAUGUGGUGCCGCGCCUAG